UUAUGGUUCACUCUUGGUGUUAUACAUUCUAUGGGUUUGUGUCAUGCAUUUUCAGUCUUUUUCGUUAAACACAUUGUCUCAGGCUUUGCCUUGACCCCCUUCUUAUUCCUGGGUUUCAGAACCAUGUGUGCUCAAUACUGCAUCUCCUUUGCUGAUGUUGAAAAAGCUCAUAUCAACAUUCGAGAUUUUAUCCACCUCACACCAAUGCUAACAAGCUCCAUUUUGAAUCAACUAACAGGGCGCAAUCUUUUCUUCAAAUGUGAACAAUUCCAGAAGACUGGAUCUUUUAAGAUUCGUGGUGCCCUUAAUGCAAUCAGAAACUUGAUUCCUGCCACUUCAGAAGAGAAGCCCAAAGCUGUUGUUACUCACAGCAGUGGAAACCACGGCCAGGCUCUUGCCUAUGCUGCCAAAUUGGAAGGGAUUCCUGCCUAUAUCGUGGUGCCCCAAACAGCUCCCAACUGUAAAAAAUUGGCAAUACAAGCCUACGGAGCAUCUAUAGUAUACAGUGAACAGAGUGAUGAGUCCAGAGAAAAUGUUACAAAAAGAAUUAUGGAAGAAACAGAAGGCAUCAUGGUUCAUGCCAGCCAGGAGCCUGCAGUGAUAGCUGGGCAAGGGACAGUUGCCAUGGAAGUGCUGGAUCAGGUUCCCUUAGUAGAUGCACUGGUGGUACCUGUAGGAGGAGGAGGAAUGGUUGCUGGAAUAGCAAUUACAGUCAAGGCUCUGAGACCUAGUGUAAAGGUAUAUGCUGCUGAACCCUUGAAUGCAGAUGACUGCUACCAGUCCAAACUGAAAGGGGAACUGACCCCCAAUCCCUAUCCUCCAGAAACCAUAGCAGAUGGUGUCAAAUCCAGCAUUGGCUUAAACACCUGGCCUAUUAUAAGGGACCUCGUGGAUGAUGUCUUCACUGUCACAGAAAAUGAAAUUAAGUAUGCAACCCAGCUGGUGUGGGAGAGGAUGAAACUGCUUAUUGAACCUACAGCUGGUGUUGGAGUGGCUGCUGUGCUGUCUCAGCAUUUUCAAACAGUUUCCUCAGAAGUAAAAAACAUUUGUAUUGUGCUCAGUGGUGGAAAUGUAGACAUAACCUCCCUAACCUGGGUCAAGCAGGCUGAAAGGCCAGCUCCUUAUCAAUCUCUUUCAGUUUAA